AUGGGCAACGACAACUCGACUCCCGUGGAUGAAUCUGUUCCACCGUCGCGCCUGAUCUCACGAAACUUGGAGGGAGUGGCGAGAUAUAUUAAAGAGAAUGAUGUCAAGAAAAUUGUGGUCAUGACAGGCGCUGGCAUAAGUACUUCGGCCGGCAUUCCUGAUUUCAGGUCCCCAGAGACAGGCCUAUAUGCCAACCUUGCGCGAUUGAACCUUCCCUAUGCUGAGGCAGUGUUCGACAUCUCCUACUUCAGAACGAACCCUCAUCCGUUCUAUACCCUGGCGCACGAACUCUAUCCUGGGAAAUACCGUCCAACGAUCACUCACUCCUUUAUCAGCCUGCUCCACCAGAAGGGAAUGUUGUUGCAACUCUUCACUCAGAAUAUCGACUGUUUGGAACGUGAAGCUGGUGUUCCUGCAGACAAAAUAGUCGAAGCGCAUGGAUCCUUUGCGACUCAGAGGUGUAUCGAUUGUCAAACAGAAUAUCCAGAUGAGCUCAUGAAGGAUAACAUCAGCAAGAAGGAAGUCCCGCGCUGUGUUCGGAAAAAGUGUAAUGGGCUGGUCAAACCGGAUAUUGUAUUCUUUGGAGAGGCAUUACCAGAGGCAUUCCACAUGAAGCGAUCUCUUCCAGCACGGGCAGAUCUAGCGAUUGUGAUGGGGACGAGCUUGACAGUCCAGCCGUUUGCAAGUCUGCCUUCAUUUGUUAGCGAAGACACCCCUCGAGUGCUUAUUAACCUAGAACGAGUUGGCUCACUCGGUUCUCGACCGGAUGAUGUGUUACUGCUAGGAGAUUGCGACGAUGGUGUUCGGAAGUUUGCAGAUGUAAUGGGAUGGGGAGAAGAGCUGGAGCAGCUGUGGCAAAGCACGAAUCCUAACAAAGAAGAGAGGGAGAAACAACAAGAACCAGUGAAGACUCGCCAAGAGGCAUUGGAUGACGAGGUCGAGAAAUUGACAAGGGACAUUGACAAUUCACUGAAAUUAUCUGCAGAGACCAGUGAGAAGAUCAGAAAUGAACUGGAGCAUGUGAAGGCUGCCUCAGAUAAAUCUGCUCCAACCUCCUCUGAGAUUUUAACCGCUAACAAACUCACAAAACCCUCUGGCGGUCUCAGUCAUGUUUUCCCUCAUCUGAAGGAAGAUAAACCUGACAAACCCUCUCUUUGA